AGCCCCACUGCAGGCCUGUCUUGGAGGUAGAGGCCGCUGGCCAAGGGGAGACCCACCAUGGCCUUCCUGAUCCACCUGCUGGUCUGCGUCUUCGGAACGGGCUCCUGGGUGGCCAUCAACGGGCUCUGGGUCGAGCUGCCCCUGCUGGUGACGGAGCUGCCCGAGGGCUGGUACCUGCCCUCCUAUCUCACGGUGGUCAUCCAGCUGGCCAAUGUCGGCCCCCUCCUGGUCACGCUGCUCCAUCGCUUCCGGCCCGGCUGCCUCCCUGAGGUGCCCAUCAUCUUCACGGUGCUGAGCGUGGGCACUGUCGCCUGCACCUGCUUCGCCUUCCUCUGGAACGUGACCUCCUGGGUGCAGGGCCGCCCCCACAGCGUCGCCUUCAUGGUCCUCACCUUCUUCCUGGCCCUGGUGGACUGCACCUCCUCGGUCACCUUCCUGCCCUUCAUGAGCCAGCUCCCCACCUGCUACCUCACCACGUUCUUUGUGGGCGAAGGACUCAGCGGCCUCCUGCCUGCCCUGGUGGCUCUGGCCCAGGGCUCAGGCCUCACCGCCUGCAUCAAUGUCACUGACACCACGCUGAGCCCUGUGACCAAUGGGAGCGGCAGUACACAGGGAGUCCCCAGCACUUUGGUCCCUGCGGUCACUUCCUUCCCUGGGAUGUCAGCCCCCGUGGUCCGUCUGGAGAGCCGCCACCUGCCUGCCCACUUCCCGCCCCGGGUCUUCUUCCUCCUGCUGGCCUUCAUGAUGGUCUGCUGCCUGGCCGCGUUCUUUCUCCUCCAGCGUCAGCCCAGGGCCUUGGAGGCCUCCGUCGAGGACCUCCUCAGCAGCCAGCUCGCCCUCCACUGCAUCCGGCCACAGGGAGAGAAGGACGAGGGCCCCAUGGGCCCGGUGAGCAGCGGUCAGGGCCAGGGGCACCUGGAGGAGAAGACGGCCCCCCGCCUGGUGCACCUGGCCCUCGUCUACACCCUGGUGGUCUUCGUGAAUGCACUCACCAAUGGCGUGCUGCCUUCCGUGCAGACCUACUCCUGCCUAUCCUACGGGCCGGUCGCCUACCACCUGGCCGCCACGCUCAGCUCCAUGGCCAACCCACUCGCCUCCUUCCUCUCCAUGUUCCUGCCUAACAGGUCUCUGCCCUUCCUGGGGGUCCUGUCAGUGCUCGGGACCAGCUUUGGAGCCUACAACAUGGCCAUGGCUGUGAUGAGCCCCUGCCCCCUCUUGCAGGGCCACUGGGGCGGGGAAGUCCUCAUCGUAGCCUCGUGGGUGCUGUUCAGCGGCUGCCUCAGCUACGUCAAGGUCAUGCUGGGCGUGACCCUGCGCGACCACAGCCGCAGCGCCCUCCUGUGGUGCGGCGCGGCGGUGCAGCUGGGCUCGCUGCUCGGGGCGCUGCUCAUGUUCCCGCUGGUCAACGUGCUGAGGCUCUUCGCGGCCGCGGACUUCUGCAGCCUGCACUGCCCCGCCUAG